AUAAACACUCGAUCUCACCAUCUUCAUGCACUUUCACAACACACAUAUAUUACCUUUUAGCUAGAUGAGUUCUCAAAUUGUAGUUUCAACUAAAAUGAUUGCCAAUUUGCUUGUGCCGCUCACCUUAUUGGUGGCGGUGGUGGCAUCAGCGAGCAACUUCUACCAGGAUUUCGAUAUCACAUGGGGCGAUGGCCGAGCACAGAUACACAACAACGGGCAGCUUCUGACGCUUUCCCUAGAUAAGGCCUCUGGUUCCGGAUUCAAAUCCAAGAACCAGUACUUAUUUGGGAAGAUUGACAUGCAAUUAAAACUCGUGCCCGGUAACUCUGCUGGUACUGUCACAGCAUAUUAUCUGUCAUCCCAGGGUAACACUCAUGAUGAAAUCGAUUUUGAGUUUCUUGGUAACCUAAGUGGAGACCCUUACAUACUACAUACCAAUGUGUUUACACAAGGAAAGGGUAACAGAGAGCAGCAGUUUUAUCUUUGGUUCGACCCAACUAAGGACUUCCACACCUACUCCAUUCUAUGGAAUCCUCAAACCAUCGUCUUCUCUGUGGAUGGGACUCCCAUUAGGCAGUUCAAGAACUUGGAAUCAUAUGGCAUCUCUUUUCCGAAGGACCAACCUAUGUGGAUAUACUCGAGUCUGUGGAACGCAGACGACUGGGCUACGCGAGGAGGACUUGUCAAGACGGAUUGGAGCCAAGCACCAUUCACAGCUUCAUAUCAGAACUUCAAUGCCCAAGCUUGCAUAUGGUCCUCAGCUUCGUCUUCCUCCUCUUGUUCCAACGCAUCUAGCAACAAUUCUUGGCUAACCGAGUCGCUAGACAACACCGGCCAAGAAAGAAUUAAGACGGUGCAAAAGAACUACAUGAUUUACAACUACUGCACCGAUGCCAAACGCUUCCCUCAAGGACUUCCUCAAGAAUGCUCACUAACAUGAAGGAAACAUAUACACAUAAAGUAGGUACUACUCCGAGAUCACGUCACAACCACCUCAUUUGUUGUUUGUUCUUUGAUUUGUAAUGCAAUAAGUUUCAUGUGUACAAAUUAAGAUUUUUUGGCACUAAUAAAUAUCAUAUAUAUCAAAGUACUGCUUUAAUGUUGAAUAAAAAUUAACCGGUAAUAUUGGCUUUGUCUA